AUGGCGGGAGCGCGGCUGCUGCUGGCGGGUCUGUUCCAGAUUUGGGGAGGGGUCGCGGUUUUUGGGGAGCCCCCCCCCGCCCUGCGCUGCCCCCUGCUGGACCGGCGCGGCGCCCCCGCCCCCCGCGGGGCCCUGCUCCGCUUCCUGGGAGACCCCGGGGCGCCCCCGCACCCCGAGACCCCCCCGGACCCCCAGAACACCUUCGACGUCAUCGACCCCCCUGGGACCCCCAGAACACCUUCGACGUCAUCGACCCCCCCGGGACCCCCAGAACACCUUCGACGUCAUCGACCCCCUGGGGGUCCUGCCGGAUUUUUGGGGUCCCUCGCGGGCGCCCCCCCGGUGCGAGCUGAGCCCCACGGAGCCGCUGCUGCCGCCGCCCCCGGGGCCGUCCCCGCGCUGCCACCCCGGGCUGGGCACGCGCUGGUGGCUGCUGGCCCUGGGACACCGCGCAGGGAGGGGACGGUGCUGCUGCAGCAGGUGACAGCGGCACAGGGGGACACGGCCAGGGUCAACGCCUCCCUGGCCAUCUCCACGCUGACCCCGACCCUGCGGGGGCGCCUGGGGACCCCCCAGACCCUGCACUGCUCCUUCACCCCCCCCGCCCCGGGCGUCCCCUUCACCCUGGAGUGGCUGCGGCACCGCGACGGCGCCACCCGGCGCCUGCUGGCCUUCGACUCGGCCGCCAACCGCGUCACCGAGGCGGCGCCGGGGGUGCUGCUGCUGCUGGGGGGGCACGGGGACACCCCUGGGACACCCCCGGGGACAGCGGGGACACAGCCGCCAGGGGGCGCUGUUCAGGUCUCUCUGCAGCUGCCGCCGCUCUCGGUGUCCGAUGACGGCUCCUUCGUCUGCUCCGUGGCCACGCCCCUCGGGCAGCUGCAGCAGGUGCUGCGCAUGAACGUGAUUGCCCCUCCCCAGGUGUCCCUGGUCCCCUCCGUGCUGUCCCCGGGUGUCCCAGCCCGGCUCCGCUGUGACGCCGUCGGGUUUUUCCCUCUGGACGUUGGGAUCCGCUGGGAGCGCCAGGCCCGGGGGGACCCGCGGCCACGCCCGGUGACACCCGAGGGUGCCACCGCCACCCUUGGGGACAGUGCCAGCAGCCCUGGGGACAGUGCCAGCGCCACCCCUGGGGACAGCGGCGCGGGGCUGAGCUGGAGCUCGGGGCACCGGCGCGCGGCCGACGGCACCUUCAGCCGGAGCGCGGGGCUGAGCGUGGCCAAGGGGACAGCGGGGGACACCUACAGCUGCCUGGUGACACACGUGGCCUGGGACGUGCCACUCAGGGUCACUGUGCAGGUGGCAG